AUCAGCUCAUUAGCAUCGGAUAGAAAGAUUGAUUUCUCAGGCUCAGUUUUCGAAAAAAAGAGAAAACCAAGUAGGCCUAUAACUAUCAUAAUUCACAGGCACUCUCUCUGUUGAGGAUGACGGAUAUUACUAGAACACCAAUAUCCACCCCGCACCUACUUGCAUACUAGCCAAAUGGAACCAUUAAUAUAGUCCCCACGAUAUCCACUCUCAUUCUCAUCCCUUCAACUUGGUGAUGUUAUUCUUCUUCUCCUUCCUCUAGUAGAAAAGGAAAAAAACCCCAUUUUAUUAAGCUUAAUUUUUUUCCUUUUACUAGUGUUUUUUUGGUUUGGGGGGUAUGAAAAUGGCUGUGGCCAUGGCUUCUUCUGGGACUUCUUUUGGGUUUUACACUAAUUUGAAGGCACUUGAAAAGCAACCCAUUUCAAGAUCAUGUCUACUCAGCGGGUCUUUUGGUCUGGAUCCACUUCAGCGUUUAUGCAUUUCUCCAAGAACAAGAUUGUCAUCGUCCAUAAGUACAAUUGUUCCAGAAGCAUCGUCGGCCACAGCUGUGGAGGGUGAAAGUUAUCAGGAUACUGAUACAGUUCCAACACCCAAAGUUAUAAUAGACCAAGAUUCAGACCCAGAUGCCACUGUGGUCGAGAUUACCUUUGGGGAUCGCCUUGGAGCUCUUCUUGACACCAUGAAUGCACUCAAGAACCUUGGAUUGAAUGUUGUCAAGGCAAAUGUCUAUCUGGAUUCUUCUGGGAAGCACAACAAGUUUGCCAUCACUAAAGCUGCUACCGGUAGAAAAGUUGAGGAUCCAGAAUUACUUGAGGCAAUCCGUUUGACUAUAAUUAACAAUCUCCUGGAGUAUCAUCCGGAGUCAAGUGCCCAGUUAGCAAUGGGAGCAGCAUUUGGAGUAUUGCCACCAACACAGAAGAUUGAUAUGGACAUUGCUACUCACAUCAACGUCUAUGACGAUGGCCCCGACCAAAGCUUGCUCUCUGUGGAGACGGCAGAUCGCCCUGGAUUACUAGUGGAUCUCGUAAAGAACAUCACUGACAUUGACAUUACCGUCAAAUCAGGAGAGUUUGACACUGAGGGUUUGUUGGCCAAGGCAAAGUUUCAUGUCAGCUACAAGGGAAAACCUAUCAGCAAGCCUCUUCAACUGGUCCUUGCUAAUAGUUUGCGAUACUUCUUGAGGCGACCGACAACAGAAGAGGCCAGUUUUUGAUACAUGUAGAAGAUGACUGGUAUUGAAGACUACAUAGUUACAGCUUCUAAUGCACAAUUUGGCCCUUUCCAAACUUGACCGGUGCCCGAAAUUGUUGAAUGUUGUUGUAACAAUAUUCGCUUCCGCUUUAAAUCAUAUAUAUAUGAAAAUGAAAUACAUGACAUCUGCAAUGUCAAUCUUGUUUUUGCAACAAAAUUGUUGUAAAAUGAUUUGGUCUAAUGGUACUCUUUAUCUUAUAAAGACUUCGU